AUGGCUUCAGAGAGCUUCGCGGUGGAGGUGUCAAAUUUGACCUUCAGUCCAUUGCCAGGCUCGCCGCCAGUUCUAGAUCAGCUCAGCUUCCAGCUGCCUCAUGGUAGCCGAGUGCUAUGCGUGGGCGCCAAUGGCGCCGGCAAGUCCACGCUCCUACAAGUCCUCUCCGGUGGGCGCAUGGCCCCUUCCGGAGCUGUGAAGGUGUGUGGCGAGGAUCCCUUCCGAGGCCGCGGCGAAGCGGUCGUGAUGGUGACGGGUGGCUGGCGUGGCACCGUCGAUGCAGCGAUGGAGGAGCGAAUGGCCCAGGUCCGUGUUGCAGAGCUCAUGGGGACCGACGCACAGCCAGCUGCAGACUCGCAUUGUGGGAAGCUCUUCAAAGCUCUCGAGUUGGCACCGUUGCUCUCGAAGUUUUUUGGUGUCCUCUCCGAGGGCGAGCGAAGGCGAGUGGAGUUGGCACGUCGACUCCGCGAGCCUAAACGGGUGAUACUGCUGGAUGAAGUCACAUCAGAGCUCGACAUGCUUGUUCGGAAGGCGCUUCUGGACUUUCUUGCCGAGACGGGUAGCACGAUCUUCAACGUCACGCACGUCUUCGAAGGACUAGCCGGCUGGCCCACCCACGCGCUACAGCUCUCCCAGGGCAAACUCCUGCGCUUCGAGCCCUUUUCCCCCGAGGGAGGUAGCAUCUUCAAGCAGAUGGUGGCUUGGCUUUCGGCCACGCGGGAGGACAGUCUCACGCCACUACGGGCCCCACCAUUUCCUCGACACAGCAGCACUGGACCCACAGUCUCCGUGACCGGCCUCGACUUCAGCUACGGCGCUGGCCACGCGGUCCGCCUGGAGCACUUCACGCUUUCGAGCUCGAACAGGUGUGUCCUGGUCGGCUUGAAUGGCAGCGGCAAGUCUAGCUUGCUAGCGCUUUUGGCAGGGCGGCGCAUGGCCACCGAUGGAGGGGAGUCGGUGAAGGUUUUGGGACUCCGACCCUUCCAGGACCAUGCCAAGUUGGACCGGGAAGUCUCCCUGCUCAGCAGCGACUGGAAGCGACAGGUGGGCCAGCUCGUGUCCGCCAGUGGCCUAAGCUUCCGUGAGUUGGCAGAGACGGAGGUGAAGGACCUGACGAGCCAGGGUUUCAAUACGGCUCUGUUGUCAGCGCGCUUGCUGCGCUUGAUGCAGAUGCUCAGCAUAGAUCCGGCUAAGCCAAUCGGCACGUUGUCCGACGGAGCCCUUCGCCGCGCUCAGCUGGGCCUGAAGCUGCUGAAACCAGUCUCCGUGCUGCUCAUCGACGAGGUGACUGCAGACUUGGACCUUCUGGCCCGCCAUGCCCUGCUGCAAUUCUUGAAGGAAGAGAGCGAAGAAGGCAGUACCGUCAUCUACUGCACCCACAUCAUGGAUGGCUUGGAAGGCUGGGCGACCCACUAUUUGCAUCUGCGGCCGGCAGGCUUGCCUGGUGUGGGGAUGACAGCAGAAGGCCUCGCGGGAUCAUCCAACCUCAGCGACGCAGAGCUUUCCCAGCAGGUUCUUCGGCUACUCCGCUCCGACGAGGGCGCGGCACCGGGUCCGGUUCCUGUCUCUGAGCCUCCGGCCAAGUCGCUGCAGGAGGAGCCUUUGCCACCGGGCUGGAAUCACCGGCAAGCGACGCACUCGGGAGCCUUCGGCAACUACGCCUGGCAGGAGGAGAUGAGACCCGAGGAUGACUGGAGCUUCAAAUCCAUCGCCCCGGAGCCCUCGAACAAACCGGCAGCAGCCCCGCAAUGGACAAAUCCUGGUCCUGCGGCUUUGCCUUCCUUCCCCGCCGCGCCUCUGUCCACGGCCAUCCCGGAGUCUGGAUCCAGCUUUGGUGGCUACAGCGACUCCACGCCGGUUCUCGAUCCCGGUGUGAAUCGCAGUGGCGCGCCGACAGUCGGCGGGCCCGAAGCAGACCACCCUUUCGGCCCGGGCCGGACGAACCAGAUGACGACGGAGCAGCUGGUGAAACUGGGAAUCAUCCCGCCGGAGAAAUAG